AUGGAUGAACAACAAAUUGUUGCAAAUAUAUUUGAAUCUGUUGCUGGGGGAAUUGACACUACAGCAAAUAUGAUUAGCAUAGGGCUCAAUCUUAUUUUGGCACAUAAAGAGGUUAAAGAAAAGAUGCUGGAAGAAAUUAAUCAAGUAUUUGCUGAUAACUCAAAACGUCCAAUGACACAUGAAGAUUAUGAGAAAAUGGAAUAUUCUCAAGCCGUUGUGAAAGAAUUUUUAAGGUAUCACACUAUAGCACCAGCAUUGAUUCGCCAGACAACAUCAGAAAAUGCAGAAAUUAGUGGCUAUAAUUGGCCAGCUGGUACAUGCGCUUUUAUAGAUGUUAAUGGAUUGCAGAAAAACCCUGAUUGUUGGGAAGAUGCCGAUCAAUUCAAACCAGAACGGUUUCUAGAAUGUGAGGUAGACAAAAUAGGCAAAUAUACUUAUACACCUUUUGGUGGUGGUGUACGCAUCUGUCCUGGUCGUCUCAUGGCAAGGAUUACAAUAGCUUCAGUUCUUAUUAAUUUAUUGAGAAAUUAUGAUAUUGAAUAUUAUGAGAAAGAAAAUCAACUCAAAUUUAUUGAUAGUUUCAUAAAUGUUGUAACUGAUUUUAAAGUUAUUCUUAAACCCAAAAAUUAA